ACCUUGAACUUGUCAGAGAAAAGCCAUCCUUCUCUUUUUUUUUUUCCUCCACUUUAUAUAAAAUUUAUUGGCGAUGUCUCGUUUCCCUCAGUUAGUCCUCCGCGGACACCCAGUCCUCAGGCGGCUGUCGCGCUGCAGAGGCUCAGCACAGCGCGUCAGUUUGUGUUUUGACGCUAACUUUUUGCACUUUAGUUCGUCCGAGCGACACAGAAGCAGCUCCCGGUGUUACACACGUUCCUCCGGGACCGGGCCGGUCCGGAUCGGCUGUGCCUCUGGGUUCUGGGGGGACACGGCGACCUCAGUGCCUCAGCUGGUCCACAGUGGGAAGCUGGACUUCCUGGUGUUCGACUACCUCAGUGAGAUCACCAUGUCUCUGCUCACUGCCGCCAAGGCCAAGAUGCCUAACCUGGGCUACGCCCCUGACUUUGUCCAGGUGGCUCUGGCUCCGUUCAUCAACGACAUCCACAGGAAAGGUAUUCGUGUCGUCAGUAACGCGGGAGGCGUGAACCCUCUGGCCUGCGCCGAGGCCGUACAGGAAGUUAUCAAGAAGGCCGGCCUCGACCUCAAGGUCGCCGUGGUGACGGGCGAUGACCUCAUGCCCCAUAGAAACAGCCUCUCUGAGGUAAAGGUGGCCGACGGCGGCGGCAGGCGACAGUUACCGAGAACACUGCACAGCAUGAACGUUUACCUCGGGGCUGCUCCUAUCCGCCGCUGUCUGGAUCUCGGGGCAGAUAUCGUGGUAACGGGACGCUGUGUGGACAGCGCCUUGGCGUUGGGGCCCCUCAUGCACACGUUUCGAUGGGAGAGGGAUCAGUAUGACCUACUUGCAGCAGGGAGUCUGGCAGGUCACCUGAUCGAGUGUGGAGCUCAGAGCACAGGUGGGAUCUUCACCGACUGGCACAAAGUUCCCGACUGGGACAACAUCGGUUUCCCGGUGGUGGAAUGUUCCGGCGACGGAUCUUUCGUUCUCUCCAAACCGCCCAAAACCGGCGGCCUCGUCUCCUUCGGCACGGUGGCCGAGCAGCUGGUGUACGAGAUCGGCGACCCGCGGCGAUACCUGCUGCCCGACGUCACCUGCGACUUCAGCCAGGUGGUCAUCAAGGAAGUACCAGGUGUGGAAGGAGGCGCCGUCAGCGUGACCGGGGCCAGAGGCUUCGCUCCAUCACAUGACUACAAGGUGUGUGCGACCUACAUGGACGGUUUCCGAGCGACGGCGGUGUGUCCGGUCGGAGGACCGAGAGCGGCGGAAAAGGCCAGACGCACUGCGGACAGCAUCAUCAGACGGACGAAGAGGAUGUUUGAGCAGUUAGGACUGGAAGAUUUCAGCUCCGUUAACAUCCAGGUGCUCGGAGCUGAGGACACUUAUGGUGCCAAUGCUCGCACCAAGGACUCCAGAGAGGCCGUGAUCUGGAUGUCCGUCCAGCACAAACAGAAGAAAGCUCUCGAACUCUUCUCCAGAGAAAUCGCUCCUGCAGGAACCGGCAUGGCUCCUGGACUCACCGGUAUAGUGGGCGGACGUCCCAGAGUGUCUCCUGUUCUGAAGCCCUUCUUCUUCUUACACCCCAAAUCUCAGCUGAAGGUGGACGUUCACGUCGGGGGAGAGCUGCUGGACUCGCUGUCAGAGGUGGGGGCAGACGCACCUGAGCAGGAAGCCCCUCCCACCUCCGCAGAGGACAUACCCGACACAGACCUGCCCAGUGGACCGCACAGCUACAGACUGGAGGAACUGGCCUACACGAGGAGCGGAGACAAGGGAGACUCGGCCAACAUCGGAGUGAUAGCUCGUCACCCCCUCUUCUUCCCCUACCUGAAGAAACACCUGACCUCUGCUGUGGUGGAGGAAUACUUCUCCCACCUCAUCCAGCCGGGAGUUCGUAACGCCGUCACACGAUUCGCCCUGCCGGGGAUCCACGGCCUCAACUUUGUGCUGCAGAGUUCGCUGGGUGGGGGAGGGGUGGCGUCUCUACGCAGCGACCCCCAGGGAAAAGCCUUCGGUCAGAUGCUGCUGGACGUGAAGCUGAGAGGACUGCCUGACCUCAAAUCACUGGUGGACUGAGAGAGACGCCGAAGACAAGCAUCAGUUACGGAUCGCGUCAGAGAGAAUAUCUGAUCACGUCCUCGAUCCAAACGAGGGAAAACCUGAAGAACUCCAUUUUAUUCACUCAGCCUGAAAUCACGAACCAGCCUCAUGAUCUGCACCACGCACGAGACGCAACCCGACGGAGAACGUUCAGGAAACAUCAGUCACCAGCAUUAAGGCCAAGAACUACCCAUAAUGCAACACUCUCUCCGUGGAGGGCUGUGUUAGACUCUGAUGUCGUGAAAACAUUCAAAGUUCAUUGAGUCGAAUGUCACAUUGGAUUCUGGGAAAUUGUGUCUAUGUCUAAUGAUUUAUCCAGUAAUCUAGAAAAUAAUUAGCAGAUUAAUCAAUAAUGAAAAUGUGGUUUGAUUUAAAGUUCUGUCGGCUGCUGGUCGUUGUGUUAAGGUUUUAUGUUGUGUGUCCUUUAACAACACAAACCCUACAGUCACUGCAGUUUCCUCAGGCCCGUGUAAAGGCCUCCCAUCAGCCCCGGUAUGUCCAGUGUAUGGCAGAGGGGGUUUCCGUCCCAGAGGCCUGGUGUCCUCCUGACCGCUGACUUCCUGAGACGGGGAGUGGUGGUUUGGGUUUCCCUCCCGUCAGAUAUCAGAGGAGACACAGCUCGCGGGCCUCAGGUCGAACGGGCUCGGCGCCUGGUUUCCCCCGGCUCUUCACCUCGACGUGACCCGGCUCCCAUGUCCGCCGCCCCGCAGGAAUGUGUGUCUCCUUCCACCAAACCGACUCUCUGGCCUCCAGUCUGUUUAUCCGUAAUUGCAAACAGGCUGAAGCUGCAGCUCCACAGCUUCUGUCACGGCUGGAAACUCGUCCUACCCUCCUCCUCUGAAUCAUUUCACCCUCGACUCUUCCUCCUCUCAGAGAAACAGCAGACAGGCAGGUCCCAGGAAAAUCGUUUCUCUGACCUUUGACCUCUUUUGGUUUUCUGGGAAACUGGUGAUCGUGGUAGAAGAAAGUAUUUUGUCAAAUGGACGGUCCCAAACACAAAAGAGGAACCACAUGAGACGGGCUGCCUCAACCAGUAAAUAAACAGUGGUCUUCUAAACGGACAUUCAAAGACUUGUGUGCAGAAAAAACCAGAAGUGACAACAAGACAAAUCCUUCCAGACACGAGUUCAAAACAAAGUUGCAUGAGUAUAAAUCAGGCCAAUGAAAGAGGAAUCACACGGGAAAAAUCAGAAUCUAUCAGCAAGUCUCUGGGAUUUAAAGGCGACUUUGAAGUGGUCUGAUCUGCAGAGCGAGGUGUUAAACUCAAAGCUGGUUUUUCAUCACUUCCUGUUUUCAUUAAAGCGCAAACUGAGAAAAAGCCCAAGUGACAUCAUCACCGCUGAAAUGUGGAAAUGCGUUUACAUCUUAAUGAUGAAAAUGAGGGUUGAGAGCAGAGCUGUGGGUUCACAUCUGUCCUGCAUAUUGCUGCUUCCCAAAGCUCCGGCCCUGCGAUUCCCAGGAAACAGUUGUUGUCAGUUAUUUGGGGAAACUCUUCGUCAUUGUGGAGAAAGAUGUUCUGGCUCUUUCUUCGUGCAGUCCCACCCCCCCAAAAAAAAAAAAAAUCCUGUUUUCCAAAGCAUCUCG